GCUUUUGUGAUCCCAACGAUUAAACUUCUUUUAACGUAAGUCAAAAAUUUGAAAGGGUAUGCUCACCACGUGCCAGUUAUGGCAGAUUCUUAGUACUACUACCAGCAUUGUAGCAGUUGAGCACCAAAAAACAUUAAGCAAUAGGAAGUUUUGUGUUAUAAAGUAAAGAAAACAUUAUUACUUCGAAUAAUGUUGUUUAUUGUUAGUAACAAGUUUGAUUCAAAAGCGUAUGCAGUCUCAGUCUUCUUACCAGGAACAGCUGAAAAGAGUAGAAUUAGAAAAAUAAUUAUCUUUGGCUGUGAAGAGAGAUAAGAUUAAAGAAUGCUCAGAUUCGUGAUGAUUCAGCUUUUCUAAAUGAUAUGAACUUAUAAUGAAGAAAUUAGGUCUAUCUUAUGAUGAAGAAGAUCAGAAUAAUGUUCUCUGUUCUACUGUUUACCAUCCACUGGCACAGCAGUUUCCUCCAUCACAAGUUUACAGAAUGAAGUUUUUAAAAUCUCUAAUGAAAAAGGUAGAAAUGGAAUGUCAUGAGAUUUCAGAAAAGAUGUAUGUAGCUUAUGCUGAAACUGUUAAUGUUCCUGAAAUAGACAAUGACAUAUCCUACUGUACUUACCUUUUAGAUCCUCACACAUCUGUAACAUUAGAAGAAAGUAAAUGCAUUGUUCUACGUGGAACAACAGGAUUCAGAACGUGGGAAGGUGCUAAAAUCUUAGCCGAAUCGUGCUUGGAAAAGAAGUCUUUUCUUCACAAAAGAAAAAUUUUGGAACUGGGUUGUGGAAGCGGCUUAACAGGUAUAGUGGUCUGUAAGCUCUGUAGACCACAUAACUAUAUCUUCUCUGAUGGUCAUCAAGAAAUUCUCAGAUUGCUCCACAGAAAUAUUAUCUUGAACCUACCGUACAUGCUAGAAACAACUGGAAACCAGGAGAGUACAAAUGAUAACCUUAAAACAAGGCCCCAACUGUCUUCAGUGCAAUUGUAUGGUGAUCAGUGUGAGCAUUCUAAUGAAGAACAAAGUCUAUCAGGAGAAGAAAAAAUUUGUGCUGAGUUUACUACUGAAACAAGCCAACCUGAUGUUUGCAUCCUUUCCUUGGAUUGGGAAGCUGUAACACAGAAGGAAAUAGAUUCUUUCCAGGUUGAUGUUGUUCUAGCAGCAGAUGUCACAUAUGACCCUGCACUAAUCAGACCACUUGUUAAAGUUUUACAUAUGUUCUUAUCGAAACAACCUCAGGCUGAAGCUUGGAUAGCUUGUCCUCUGAGAAGAGAGAACACAUUUGAUAUUUUCCUUCAACAAACAGGUGAAUUUGGUCUUGCAUGUGAAGAAAUGGAAUUGCCAAAGAAACAGGUUUUCCAGUUUGACAGAACUGUAAAUAUUGUUAUUUUUAGGCUGUAUUUUAAGAAUUCGUAAGUAAAUAAAUUCAAAACAAAACUUUUUUGUCA